AGGAAACUGCAACACUCGCAACACAAAACCCCCGUGCUACGGCACAGUCUCCACUUCCAGCCUCUGCCUCCACCGCCGGCCGUUUGACUCCGAUUUGGAAAUUUUGCUUAUCAAGAAGCCUGAGAAUUGAAAUAUGUCCGGUGGCCCUGGUCUUGAGUCGCUUGUUGAUCAAAUUAUUUCAGUUAUCACAAAUGAUGGACGCAAUAUUGUGGGAGUCUUGAAAGGCUUUGACCAGGCUACUAAUAUCAUUCUUGAUGAGUCUCAUGAACGAGUUUUCUCAACAAAGGAGGGUGUUCAGCAACUUGUGCUGGGAUUGUAUAUAAUCAGGGGCGACAACAUAAGCAUAGUCGGGGAACUAGAUGCAGAUCUUGAUUCGAGCCUGGACUGGUCGAAGAUGAGAGCAUAUCCUCUGAAGCCUGUCAUCCAUUGACUGAUUGUAGAAGUCAUAGAGAUGUUGUAGACUUGAGGGGUAAAUUGUGGCUAUCCGAACAAAUGUGUUAAGUAUAGGGGGUAUUUAAUGAUGGAGCUUCGGGUUUGUAAUUGCUCAUUCAGAUUUCUAAUAUGUGAGUGUCAUUCUACAUAGGCUCUAGACAAUGUUCCUGUUCUAUCCUUUCCAAAAUGCUGAUGCAACAGAGCAGAACUUACCUGCAAGAAUAUGACAAUGCUAUUAUAUUACCUCAUUUUGAAUUCAUUCUAAAGCCAACAUGUUUGCGUUGU